AUGGCAACUAUGCUUAAUGGAGCCGCAGUAAUGGAUGCUGCAUUUCUUUUAGUCGCAGGUAACGAACCAUGCCCACAACCACAGACUUCCGAGCACUUGGCUGCUGUAGAGAUUAUGCAACUGCAGCAUCUUCUCAUUCUUCAGAACAAAGUGGAUAUCAUCAAGGAGUCUCAGGCUCGGGAACAGUAUGAUCAGAUCAAGUCUUUCGUGCAAGGUACAGUUGCUGAUAAAGCUCCAGUGAUUCCAAUUUCCGCUCAGCUCAAGUACAAUGUCGAUCUUGUGUGCGAAUAUCUUUGUAAGAAAGUGCCAGUUCCACCUCGCGACUUUACCUCUCCUGCUCGCCUCAUUGUCAUCCGUUCGUUCGAUGUCAACAAGCCAGGAUCAGAAGUCGAAAAUCUUAAGGGAGGUGUGGCUGGAGGUUCAAUCUUAAGAGGAAUUCUUCGUGUCGGCCAAGAAAUUGAAGUGCGCCCUGGUAUUGUAACGAAGUCCGGCGAUGGUAAGGUACAGUGUCAGCCGAUUACCUCCAGAAUUGUUUCCUUAUUCGCUGAACAGAACCAUUUAGAAUAUGCUGUUCCCGGAGGUUUGAUUGGUGUUGGUACAAAGAUUGAUCCAACACUAUGCCGAGGUGACCGCUUGGUGGGACAUAUCCUGGGCGCCGUAGGAACCCUUCCUGAUAUUUUCACAGAGAUCGAAAUCAACUUCUUCUUGUUACGACGGCUGCUUGGAGUACGUACCGAAGCAAACAAAAAGGCGGCUAAGGUCCAAAAACUAGCCAAAGGCGAGGUACUUAUGGUCAACAUCGGAUCGCUGUCCACCGGGUGUCGUGUGAUGGCUGUGAAGGGUGAAGCGGCAAAGAUUGCUCUCACCGAUCCUAUAUGCACUGAGAUCGGUGAAAAAAUCGCGCUAUCACGUCGUAUUGAGAAGCACUGGAGACUGAUUGGAUGGGGUACUAUUCGACGUGGAGUCACAAUUGAGCCAGUAAAAGCUGAACACUGUUAG